UCUAACCACAACCGACACAUAUGAGUGACACUCUUCUCUUCUCUCUCUUACAUAACCAUUAACCACCUCUCCUGUCCCCAAUCCCAAGUCACCAUUAGCCAAACACAAACUCCUUCAAUGAAGUCCAACAAUAUUGCCGCUAACCACACUCCCCUCUUCCACCCCAAAUUCUCCAAACUCAUCAUCUUCUUCAUCUCCACCCUCCUCCUCCUCACUCUCAUCCCCCUCUACUACCCUCUCCGCGCCUUCUCCUCCCCCCACCCCACUCUCCCGGCCACCCCUUCGCCGGAAUCCUCUUUUCCGCCGGACCACGCCAACAUCAGCUCCAUAGUCAUCACUGAGCACGAGGAUUGUGACAUUUUUACCGGGGAGUGGGUCCCCACGGAUCAGCCGCCUUAUUACACGAACGAGUCGUGUUGGGCCAUUCAUGAACAUCAGAAUUGUGUCAAGUAUGGGAAGCCUGAUUUGAAUUAUAUGAAGUGGAAGUGGAAGCCGGAUGAGUGUGAGCUUCCGAGGUUUAAUCCGUAUCAGUUUCUUGAACUUGUUAGAGAUAAGUCUUUAACUUUUGUCGGUGAUUCACUUGGGAGGAACCAGCUCCAAUCUUUGAUCUGCAUGUUAUCCCCGGUGGAAUUUCCUAUAGAGAAUUCAUACACAUCAGAUCAAAAUUUUAUAAGGUGGAAAUAUGUUGGUUACAAUUUCACAUUAUCAACAUUUUCAUCACCCUUCUUGGUGAAGACAGAAGAAGCAAAAUUUAAUGAUUCGACUCACGCUGGCCUCUUCAACCUCUACCUUGACGAAUUUGAUACAAAAUGGACUUCCCAAAUUGAAGAUUUUGAUCACGUGAUCAUUAAUGCUGGCCACUGGUUCAGCCGUCCUGGUAUAUACUAUGAAAAGGGUCAGAUAGUUGGCUGCAGAUUUUGUCAGAUAGAGAAGAUAACCGAUUAUCCAAUGACAUAUGGAUACAAAAAAGCACUGAGAACUGCUUUUAGAGCGAUUAACAGCUUGAAGAAGUUCAAGGGUGUAACAUAUUUGAGGACUUACUCACCAAUGCAUUUUGAAAACGGGAGUUGGAAUGAUGGUGGUGAUUGUGUCCGAAGAAAACCGUUCAAGAGCAACGAGGUAAGCAUGGAAGGGAUAAAUUUAGAAUUGUACAUGACACAAAGAGAGGAAUUUAAGGUUGCAGAACAAGAAGCCAAGAGAACAGGAAAGAGAUUCAGGUUACUGGAUUUAACACCAGCAAUGCUGUUAAGACCAGAUGGUCAUCCUGGGAGAUAUGGUCACUGGCCAAAUGAUAACAGGACACUAUAUAAUGAUUGUGUUCAUUGGUGUUUACCUGGACCAAUUGAUACUUGGAGUGAUAUAUUGCUUCAGGUGAUGAAGACAGAAGGCCGGAGAACGUACGAGGAGAAACUACUACAGUCGAAACAGGACAACAUUGGACCAGGUAGUUUCAAGUUCCAUUAAUGAUUCUGUUCGAAACUAGAAUGUACAAUAGGAGGGAAAGGCAAAAAGAAUAUUCCACCAUUUUGCUUUCAGUUUUUUUUUCAUACAUUAAACUUGUAGAGCUUUUGAAGUGACUUCCUUUGUCUUGAUUGUUUUUUCCCCUAGAAGUUUUGCAUCUGUUGUAAGCAAUAGUAAGCAUUGUAUCAUGAGAUUUUAUAAAGAAGUACUUGACUUGAUUA